AUGGCGUGGAUCCAGAAUCUAAAGAAUUGGGAACGUCUCCAAGAUUCUGCAGAAUACAUGAAACAGGUAUACGGCGAUCCAUAUUCUUAUAUGAAUCCUGAUACGACAAAAUUCGUCACCGAACGAGAAUAUUUCGGUGAUUUUGGAUAUGGUGAAUGUUUCAACUCGACUGAUUCGAGCGUUCAGUGUGAAAUCAUCACUGGGCAAUUCGACCCGAAACUUUUACCGUAUGAAAAACGAAUGGCCUGGCAUUUCAAGGAGUUCUGCUAUAAAACAUCUGCUCAUGGUAUACCAAUGAUUGGACAAGCACCUAAUCGAUACUAUAGAGCGAUUUGGGUGAUUCUGUUUCUUGGAUGUAUGACAAUGCUCUACAUGAAUGCUCAGAGUGUGCUGGAAAAGUACAGACGAAAUGAGAAGAUUGUCGAUAUUCAACUGAAAUUUGGUACCUUCACUUUCGUUCUAUACCAUGUAAAGACGGACACUGGAAAUGCUUCUUCGAUUUUGAAGCAUUUGAAGCUGUCUUCUUUUCGUCUUAUCAAAACCAAAAACCUCUUAAUGACAAAAUCCAGGAUACAGUCCACAUACCAUGUUCAAGGAUUAAUUUUGAAUGCUCUUCUUACAGAUACUGCACCAUUUCCAGCGAUCACUCUGUGUAACCUCAACCCAUAUAAGGCAAGCUUGGCAACAAGUGUCGAUUUAGUAAAGAGAACGGUUCGUCGUUUCAUAAAUAGUCAACCUAAAAAGAAUCUGGCUAAGUUCUUGAUCAUAAUAAGUCCUCACAUUCAGCUUUCCGCUUUCGAUGGCGCUAUGGAACAAGCGGGAGAAAAACAAAAGGAAGCGUCCACUGAUACGGAAACGGUUUCGAAAACGAAAAGAGAGAUUGGCCUUCAUGCAGCGUUCUUCGAGCCGGUUUCUACUUUUUAUCUACUAGGAAUAAAAAAAGCCCAACAGUCUCGAGUUCUUUGCUUGACGAAAGAGACUGUUAAAUUGACUAUUUCUUUCCUACACUAG